UUGCAUCAACUCCUGUAGCGGUUCUGCAGUCAGUCUAAUAAUUCUCUAACUUCGAAGCCAGUUUCAGAACGAGAUAAUCUAUUUUGUGCCGUACAUGCAGAUAAAUUUGUUAAACUUGUACUUUCAAAUAACAAAUCAAAUUACACAGUUUGAUAUUCAGUUUUUAACGCGAUCGGUCAAUUUGGAACUAACGCUACAUCGAAUCGAAUAAAUCGAGUUUGUGCGGUUCGUUGUAAGCGCGUGGUCAUUGAGAAUGCAAAUGAUUCGUAAAGUGCAUGCAAAUCAUACGAGACAAUUGUGCCUUGGAGGUGGUGCGUAGUUCUCUUCAAUAUCGCCCCGCUCAGUCUUACAUGUAGCAAAUUUGUUCUGCGAAUAUCGAGAGUUGUAAAAAAUUAUAGUUGUAUAGUGUGAUAUUGUUUCGUGCAACAUUACCGACAGGUGGAAGGCAGGUAUGUGACGUCACGCAUUUGUCGCCCGCGAUGCCUGUUGGGGAGGCACGAUCAGCCAUCUUGAAAAUGGAUUUUAUACAGUGUGCGUGCUAGGAAUAUGAUUCUUAUACGAUUCAAAAGACAUUAGUUUUACGCUGCUCCGAAAGACUUGUGCAAGAUUUAAUGGCUACUACGCGGGAUCACCCCUCCUGUCCCAUGAUGGAGGUGGUGAAAGCGUUUACUUCGGAGCUAUCUAGUCUCUACGAAGUGAAACCGCCUAUUUCGAAAGCCAAAAUGAAUUCCUUGACAAAGGGAGCUAUAAAAGCAAUAAAAUUUUACAAGCAUGUUGUACAAAGCGUUGAGAAAUUUAUUCAAAAAUGCAAGCCAGAAUACAAAGUACCAGGAUUAUAUGUAAUAGAUUCAAUUGUUCGACAAUCCCGACAUCAGUUUGGGGUAGAGAAAGAUGUAUUUGCUCCGCGGUUUGCAAAAAAUAUGCAGGCUACUUUUCUUAAUCUUUUAAAAUGCCCACAAGAGGAUAAAAGCAAAGUUAUACGUGUACUGAAUCUUUGGCAAAAGAAUGCAGUUUUUCCACCAGAAGUUAUUCAACCACUGUUUGAUCUGGCAGAUCCAAAUCAUCCAGCACACAAGGAACAGUCUGUAAAUAGCAAUGGAACAUUGAAUGCAUCUUCUGGAAACAACAUGAGUAAUAUAAGUGCUGUCAGUAAGACUCCGCCGUCUGCAAUGAAAAAUACUGUUAAAGAUCCAAAAUUGUUUCCACCUGGAAAAACAAUUGACCCAGCAUGGCUUGCACAAACAAAGAUGGAAGCGGCAAAUAUAGUAAAUAAUCAGCCUAACUCGGGUCAAAUGGAUCCUACUAUCCUCGAUCAGUUACGUCAAAUUUUUAUGAAACAACAGCAGGAUCCCGUCAAUGAACCAAAGAGUUCCGUCAAGUUUGAUAAGAAGUUAUUAGAUUUUGAUUAUGGUGAAGAAGAAGACGAUGAUGUUGUUGUCACUAGUUCUCCAAACAUAGCUGCCACAACUAAUACGCAACACAAUACAGUCUCAACAAACAGUGGUUUAGAGAGCCUAGGAGUGUUGCUGACAAAUCCCGAGGUUUUGAGACAAUUGCAUAGUUUACAACAAACUAUGCAAAGUAAUGCUUCCUCUUCGCAACACGAAAUAGAAGAAAAGUUACGCAAGCUUCAACAGAUGAAGCAGCAAGAAGAAGAAUUUGAUAAACAUUUAGCACAAACUGUUCCUAACCUUCCUUUUGCAUCUGAAUGCGAACUGAAACCUUCUGAUAUUUUGAAACCAAGCACUCAGAAUUAUACUCCAAAUGUGAACAGCAAUGUGAUACAAGAUAUGACCCAACCGCUACCCAAUUAUUCGUCAACUCUGCCAUAUACAUCACAAUCGUUAUCGAACAUUAGACAAAUUAAUCAACCUACAAAUCAAAAGAGUCCAUUGCUUGACGAGCGUCAAGAAACACAGGAUUAUUCUGGGAACAGCACCAGACGUGAUAGUAGCGUAGAAAUUGUUAAUUGCGAGAACACGAGCUUGCAAAGUAGAUCGCCAGAGCGAUAUCGACAUCACAGUCGAUCCCGAUCUCCGCGCCACAGAGAUCGAGAUAAGGAUCGAGAUCGAGAUAGAGAUAGGAAGUCUCGAUCUAGGAGCAGAUCGCGGCGAAGAAGAUCUCGUUCAAGAGACAGAGGUCGUGAUAGAAAACGCGAUGACAGUCGAGAUAGGAUGACGGAAGAAGAACGGGAAAAAGAAAGGGAGCGACGCAAACGUGGUUUGCCGCCAAUAGUCAGGGAAAAACUAAGUGUUUGCAGUACAACACUUUGGGUGGGACAUUUAUCGAAACUUGUGCAUCAAGAAGAAUUGUCGGAUACCUUCGGACAGCAUGGUGAUAUCGUUAGCAUAGACUUAAUUUCGCCGAGAGGUUGUGCAUUCAUCUGCAUGAAUAGGAGACAGGAUGCGUAUCGAGCGCUUACGAAGUUGAAAAAUCACAAGAUGCAAGGCAAAAAUAUUACGUUGGCAUGGGCGCCUGGUAAAGGUGUGAAAGGAAAAGAAUGGAAAGAUUAUUGGGAAGUGGAGUUGGGUGUCAGUUACAUCCCUUGGAUCAAAUUAACUAAUAUUACCGAUCAAGAAUUAGAGUUACUGGAAGAAGGCGGAAUGAUAGACGAAGACACAUUACCUGCUCACUUGAAAGGAAAAUUAAAACAUGCUGGCACGAGUGCAGACAUGCUGCAGCAACAGUUGCAACUGCAACAACAAGCGCUUGUUGCCGCGGCAAAUGCUGGCGCUCCUAUUCCGACUUUAACAGACGGCAUCGUAAACGUCAUACAAUCGUCUGCUAAUUCACAACAGCAGCAGCAACAGCAAAUGAUCGAUACCAGUCAACCGCCGCCGAUCAGACCACCGACAUCGGGUGCUUUGCUGCCACCUCCAAACACGCAGUUACAAAUGAUGCCUGGAUUUACAAUGCCUGGAGUACCAAGAAUGAUUAGCCACAUGGGCCUACAGAUGACGCAAUUAAUGACGAACGUUCCAAUCGGAGUCCCGCCACCUAAUAUGCAGAGUCUACUAGGACCACCCGGUAUGAUGCAGACUAUGUUGACACCUUCGGUUAAUCCACCAUUUGGAACAGGUGUUGGCGUAGGUCUACUGACAACACAGAUUCCACUGCCAGCACCUGCAGCGCCUUCCGACAAACCAAACUCCACCGGUAUGCCGCACAACGUUCCACCUAUUGGAGUACCACCACCUACAACGGAAACUAACAUGCCGAACUUGCCAAUGUUGCGACAACCAUAUGGAGUAGGUCCAGCACCGCCGAUGCAGGUACAGCUACCGCAACAUCAUUCGGAUGAUAUGGAUGUGGAGAUGGAGGACGCAAUGUCGCAAAACAUAAACAGUAACGUGCCCAAGGAGAAACCACCAACCCUUCUCAGCGAUCAGCUGAUCGCGGCGAUAAAUAUGAACAGCAACGUGAGCGAAAGUCUGGAUAGCGAUCAGACGCGUGAGUACAAAGAACGAGAGCGGGAUCGAGAAAACAGAGAAAGAAGAGAUCGAAGCGAUCGGGAUCGUAGUGACCGCAUGGACAUGAACGACUGCAGAAUGAAUCGCAGCAGAGACAGAGGUAGGGGACGUGAUCGUGGACGGGACAGGCGGAGAGAUAACCGUGAAGGUCGCGAUAGAGACAGAGAUGACAGACGCGACAGAGAAAAUCGAGAAUCCCGGGAGAGCCGAGAUAGUAGCGCCAGACACUCGGAAGGGCCGAGCAUACAAAAUCAAAAUAUUCACGAAGACGAAAAUAUAGCGAAGAAAGAAAGCAAGCCCAGUUUAGCGGAUCGUCUACUACAAUUAGCGGAUUGUACAUUACCGUUAGACGAUCGGAUGGAUAGAAAUAUGCGUGGCAAUCGAUCUGAUCGCAGUAACGAACGGAACGACAGAAGUUUCGAAGAGGGUUCUGGAGGAGGAGGAGGAGGAGGAGCAGGAGCAGGAGGAGCAGGAGGAGGAAGUGCAGCUGCAGCUGCAGUUGCAGCUGCGGGUAGUAGUGGAAGUGGAGGUGGAGGACGACGACCACCUAAUGAUAUGCUUUCAUUGAUGGAUCUGCCAAAGUAUGGCGGAGCAUUGCCUGCAGACCGAACGGAUUUCCCGCGAGGACCAGAUUUUCGAGGUGGUCCGCAGGACGCGAGAGAUUUCUCACAGCGUAAUCUCAACGACAGGCAGAAUUUCCCACUUUCGCGGGGUGGUCUGAGGAGUGAUUACCUCGAGAUUGACGAAUUCGUGAAUCCUCGGAUGCAACCUGGCAUUUUUCCUGAGGACUACGAAAAUAGAUUAGGCCACAAUGGGCCUAGAUCUGAUGAUUUUCCAUCGGGCAGAUUAGGUCCGACACAAGAAUUCGAGCGAUCGGAAGUACGUGGUCGCAGACCACCUGUGGAUGAAUACGAACGUAAUCGUUUCGAGUAUGAGAUGAGACGCGACGGAUUUAACCCGCGGAUGCAAGACGGCUUUGAUCCAAGAGGUCAUAAUGAGCGUUCCGACUUUGAACCCCGCAGAAGAGAGUUCUUUGGUGCUCCGAUGGAAGCUGUAUUCGGAUUGCCACCCCCAUUAAUGGGCCCGAAAGGAUCCAGAGGACCUGGUCCUGAAGGAUUUGGACCGCGUGGAGCCAGAGUACCUGGUCCCAUGUUAUUCCAUCCGAGGGGUAUGGGUCCGAGGGGUAUGAGAGCCGGAAUAAGACCUCCGUUCCCGCCUCGAGGUCCACUUUUUGAUCCUAGGGAAGCAGACUCGUUCUUCCGACCACCAUUCGACGACAUGCGCGGUCGUCCAGGACAUAUUCGGCCUCCAUUCGGUCCCAUGGGUCCACCGGCCAUGCAUCCUCCGGAUGGACCGUGGAGAAAUCAGGAAGGCAGCGGACCAUCAUCUUCAUCAUGGGGUGGUCAAGAACAUGACAAUUAUGGACAAUGGGACAAUCAUCCUGCAAGAGACAAGCAAAAGUUCGCAAAACAUCAAGAUUAUAAAAAUCUGCCUGAACGGGAGAAUCGUAACCGGAACCGCAAGUCCAGAUGGGGAAAUGUUAGUCCACCGCUAACGGAUGACGUGGACGAGAUGCCGUCGGAAGAAAACAAGACAGAGACGUCUGAAGGACAAGUGAAGGAUAUUAUUGAGGCACCUAAUCAACAGAUUCUUCUGAGAGAAAAUGAAUCGAUAGCUGACAAGCAGGAUGUAAUGCAUGACAACAGAGAAAGUGAAUUUGCAAAUUUAUCGAAUGAUAAGAGCAAUAUUGAGGCCAGUUAUAAACACGACGAAGGUCAGUCCAGUUCCUAUGAAAUUGGUACGGAUCAUUUCUCAAGCGACGCUUUAGCGCUAACGCAGCAGGGUGAACAGGAGCAGUGUGAAUACGAACCACCCAUUCCAGCUGAGGAUUCAGCGCAGCAAAGUGCAGUCAAAGAAGUAGGGCACGCGAGUGAGAACUGUAGUGAACAAUUAGUGGGACAAGCGGAUUCGUUAUAAACAGAGAAAAGAGAAAGAAAAAGAUAUUAAUUUGAUAUUGGAAUUACCAAAGUAAUGUAACGAAUCCUCGGGCGAAUACAUGUAAAAUAUCGUUUAAUCGAUACACACACAAUGUACAUAGAGUGCUGCAAAGAGCGAAUGAGAAAAGAAAGGAGAAAGAGAGAGGAGAAAAAAAAAGUGAAAAUUAUGCGAUUUUAUGGACUCAAAGUUAUAUCGCACUCUGGAGUGGUGGGGAAGCCGUUGGGUUCAGUGAGUUAAAUCUUUCACAGAGUCGUCAGAGUAUUCAAUUAACUCGCGUAAGUCUUAAAACUAAAUUUCUUCCCAAUUGAAAUCUGCUGCUCUCAAAUAAUUACUGUGAUAGUGAACACAGGAUACCUGUUAACUAUGUAGAUGUGUAUAUAUAUAUAUGUACAUAUAUAUACAAAUAUUCAGUUUUUAAUCAAAAUUCUUUUUCUCGUACUAUACUUAUUUUCUUACUUUUCAUAAAAGGCAAUCUUAUUAGAAUUCUAUAACUAUAUAUAGAUACAAAUAUUUGAAUGAAUUCUACUCAUACCAGAGAUGCCAAUUCUUAUCUUUUUGUAGUUUUAUUGAAGAGUUUAAUGUAAUUAGUUUUUUCGAAUCACGUAUCGGGUAUUGUACGGCGUAUUAUACCUCAUGCCCUCUGGAUGAGGAUUAAUUUAUUGAAUUGUAAUUGUAAAUAUUUUUAUAUUUUCGUAGCAGAAAACAAAAAACGUAAAUAAAUGUAAUGUGCUGAUUGCCAUUGCUCAAUCAAAGAGAAAAGAACGAAAUAAAUAUUUUAUAUAUAACGGCUCUUUUUAAUAACAAAAGAAACAUGGCCUUGUUAUUCUGAUAUAUGAAACAUAGUUCCCGAUCACGACAAAACGGAAGCGACAAACUAAAGUCUAUAUGUGUAUAAUAUACGGAUUGUAUUCCUAGGCAUCUACAAACACAUGUACAUAAUUCAUUUUAAAAAAGUCUUCUUGCUCUGUUAAUUAAUCUUUUAUCGAUUAUCGCAAAUUACCUUCUUUUCUUAGAUUCCAUGCAAAUCAAUGACGCAAAGUAGUUUUAACAUCAAGUCCGGUACAUAAUUUUUCAUUCUGCACGAGAAAAUUUAAGAUUGUUCUAUUUGGGAAAAGAAUACACACAUGAUUGUGUAAAGAGAUAUAGCGAAUUUUGUAUGCGUAUACGCGCUUCCACUCUAUAUAACUUUCACACAUACAACAACAAACACCAAACUACUUGGUUCCUGUGUUCACGUACGCACGUAUUGCACGGCGCAGCGAUGGAAGACACGUGCUUGCGCUCAAACUGAGUGACAAGUGCAAGGUACUGUUAACAAUUAUUUUCACAUACCAUUAGUUGAGGAAUGUGACACUAAAAAUGAUUUUUAAGAGGGUUAUUGCCGUCGUGUUAGUCCGCACCACUCCAGGACAAAGUCAGUUACGCAUAUAUAUAUAUAUUGAACAUUUAAUUAAUUAUUGUAUAUCUUUAAUAAGUAGAGUAACAAUUUAUCGCUGACUCAAAACAUGGAAUUGUAUUGAUGAAUAAACUUUCGGUAGUUGUGACGUCCAAUCCAAUGUUUCAGUUAGAUUUAAUUGAAGUCAACCAAAUCGAGUUUUUCGAUUCUGAAACAUUAUUAGACGUUCACUUUUGCGCUUUUAACGACGAACAAAAACUGGAUUGUUAAGAGAUUGAUUAACGUGUUAGAUACUUUCUAAUAAAUCGUUAAAACGGGAGCUAGAGCAUCACGCAAUUUUACUGUAACAACAAUAUUUGAUAUUUCUUCGUUAGAACGCAUGUGCCUUUAUUUUUUGCUUCAACUUAUUUUACAUAAGUUUUGUCUGACGCAAUCAAGUGGAUUUCUUAUAUGCGACUUCUAUAAACAGAUACAACCAUCGUAUUUUAAGAGCGUAUACUUAAUAAACAUAACAAGUACAAGAGUUGACAAACUUCACUUUUCAUUACUAACAUGGUGGUAUCUAUUAUAUAGCAUUGACACAAUUUUGUUGACAAGUUUCGUAAAAUUAUGAUAUAUAUAUCAGUACAUAUUAUAUUGUAAUUAUAAAAAGUUCUGUAAAAUGUAUUAAGCAGCCAAAUAAUGUACUGGCAACUGAUUAUAUGUAACGUGUUUGCUUUUUAAUUCAUUUUGUGUUGUAAAUUACAGUUCAAAUAUCAGGUUUUUGAAUUAUAUGUAUAAGUCAGUAGAACUCGGAUUUAUUAUUAUUUAUUCAAUGUGUAGUAUCGUUUGUUUUCUUAUAUAUGUACUAUACAUAUUAAAAAGAUGCACUAACUAUAAACACAUUUCUUAAAAUCGUAAAAUUUAAGAACUAAUAAACCUGGAGUGGUGCGCGGCACUGCAUUUUCUAGGACUUGCUAUUAAAAUAGGACAAUGUUAUAAAUUGUAAAUGUACAGAAUUUGUUUUGAAGCAAUUUUUUUUCAUGAUUUCUAUACUUUCUUUAUAAUUCUAGAAUUUUGUAUAUUUAAUUCUUAAAACAAUAGUUACAUCUUUAAUCUUGCAAUAUUGUUCAUACAAUAUUUUUAUUAGUAUUUUUUUAAUAGAUAUAAUAAGGCCAAUUGUGUGUUUGCGUGUGUGAUUAAAACUUUUUUUUUGUGCUAAAACUUACGCGUAUUAGCAGAGCAAUUAUUAGCAUUUGUUUAAUUCAUGAGCGCUUAGUUUAAUAUAGAGAACUAUAAUUAAAUAUUUUUAUGUAUGUGUAGUCAUUUUUUUUCAUUUCAAGAAAAAAUACUUGACUUAUAAAUGAUACUAAAUAAUAUUUAAUAUACUAACAUUAAACUUUUUUAUAUAAUCUUAUUAAAUUACUGACAUUAUUGCAGUAAUUUUGAACAUAAUUUUUUAUAAUUUUCAAUUUUUGAAAUCAGUGAUUGUUUGAUUUAUACAUACA